UUAGUGGAUGUACUGUCAUCUGUUUUGUAGAAAUUUACUCCGUAUGAAAGAUGCUAUUCAUGUAGAUUGACAGGAAACAGACUGGGAUAUUUAUCAUGUAGCAUUGUACAUGUGUGUAAGAAUUUAUGUACGAGAUCCAUUCCACAUCUACCGAGCAACAAACGCAGAGAAUAUAAAGGAGAAAAAGUGUACUCAUUUCCUACUUCAUUUUUUUGUUUACAAUAUAAUGCAACACAGAAGAAUGUGUAGAUCUAUUGACUUUAGUAGAGAUUUACGGACUCCUGUUUACUCGGCUGAUAUUUAUGACAUUAAUUUAGGUCCUCGCGGGAAAUUCACCCCAAAAUCCCCAGAGAUAGCGAACAACAGGGAAGUGCUCCUAUGAACAAACUGAAUUCUGUGAAAUAAGAUGUAUUCCAUUUUAUUUUUGUUUAUCAGCCUCGGUAUUAGUAAGUAGACUUUGAAUUCUUUAAUGAAAAUUAAUAAAAUUCUUGUCACCGGACCCUCUAAAUCACAGUUUAUCGGAGACGGCGUUAUUUGUAAUCUAGGUGAUUGUCAGGGAUGGGUCGUGUCUGAGAACAAGAUGAACUGGCAUGACGCCGUGGGAUUCUGUCAAGUGAGAAAUGGUACCCUCAUCCAACACCCCACCGCUGAACUGUCAGACAAUGUCACAGAUUACUGGACGGCCAAACAACAGAGGAUGUCACCAUGGAUUCACAGUAUAGGCUGUUUUAAUGAGACCGUGAUCCAGCCAUUGUUGAAUAGUCCUGUCACGUGCCGGUCCCCGUCCGUGGUUCACUGUCAGCAGCGAUGUUCCGGAUUCCCGUUCUUUGGACUUCAGGUAUACAAUGAUUCAAGGUGUGUGUGCCUAAAUGAGUUCCCCAUCACGACAAACGCCAUUGAUUCCAGUCUAUGCAGUAUGUCUUGCAGUGAAUCACCUAAUGUCGUUCUCAGGGACUGCGGCGGCCCCAAAACGUACAAUAUUUAUAAACCAGGAGAUCUUGCCCUUCAUAAUGAGGGAACUGACAACAAAACAUGCUUGGCUAUUGCAUGUGGGAACGAUGACGUUCAACCUCUGAGUUGCUCUGGAACACCAAACAUUCGAUGUCGGUGUACUGGUAUUGGUAAGCUAACUCGCUUCAUAAAGUAUGCCGGCGUGAAACGGUGA